UACCUGUCACACUCACCACUACAGCGAAAUCAUGAGCCUGACAAGAUGCCUUCUGGUGCAGACGGAGGUUCAGGCGUUUAUUGAGAGCUGCAUGCUGGCAGUGGGCACCAAAGCAAGUCAUGCCCACAGUCUGGCAAAAGUGCUUGUGGAGGCGGACCUGCGCGGCCACUACAGCCAUGGACUCAACCGCAUGGAUUUGUACGUGAAGGAAAUCCAAGGAGGAAUCUGUUCUCAGGAAGGAGAGCCGGUUGUAGAGAAGGAGUCAGCAGCUACAGCUCUCGUAAAUGGAAAGAACGUCCUCGGUCCAGUUGUGGGAAACUACUGCAUGAGUUUAGCCCUAAAAAAAGCACAAGAUGUGGGAAUCGGCUGGGUGGUUGCCCACGGGUCCAACCACUUUGGCAUUGCUGGCUAUUAUUCCAUGCAAGCACUGAAGGAGAACAUGAUUGGAAUGUCCUACACUAACUCCUCUCCUCUAGUGGUUCCAACUCGAGCCAAAAAGUGCACUUUGGGGACAAACCCCAUUAGUGUUGCAGCUCCUGCUAAGAAUGGUGACAGCUUUGUGCUGGACAUGGCAACCUCUGCUGUUGCUCUUGGAAAGGUGGAGCUUAAUGACCGCAGUGGCCACUCUAUCCCAGAAGGUUGGGGUUGUGAUGCCCAGGGUCAUCCAACCUCUGACCCCAAGAAGGUUCUGUCUGGAGGAGGCCUGGUACCCGUGGGUGGCAGUGAAACCACAGGAGGUUAUAAGGGCUACGGACUGGCACUUAUGGUGGAGUUGUUCUGCGGAAUUCUUUCUGGUUCAAACUACAGUGAACAUAUACGCACAUGGAAAGUGACUGACCGCGUAGCAAACCUGGGUCAGUGUUUUGUGGCAAUCAACCCAGAAUUUUUCGCUACUGGUUUUGAAGACAGAAUGUCAGACCUGCUGUCCCUACACAGGAACCUUGAGCCGGCUGAUCCUCAAAAGCCUGUGUUGGCUCCAGGAGACCCAGAGAGGAAACAUAUGCAGUUGUGCCAGGAGUUGGGUGGCAUUCCAUACCACCUAAGUGUGGUCAACCACAUGAAUAAGUUGGCCAGCACUUUGCAAGUGAGUCCUCUACUGCCCACCACCAAACUUAUUCAAUGACAGAAGCCUGCUGCUCGUUCCACGUGUGCUUACUUCUACAUUCACAAUCAGUAUAUAAAGUAAUAGAACACCUAUUACAUUAUUACAGGACUGAGUAACUACAGAUUCACACAAUUCUGAUAGUUGUUAACUGAUUCAUCAUGAUUAGAUGUUUUGCUUUUAUUAUGUGCACUAUAUACUCUCAUAAGACACUGAAUUAUUUUUCUAAAAGUAAUACAUUGUAGUUGCUUGUAGAUACACAUUAAUAAAGUGUAUAAUGGGUUUUAGUGGGAUGUUUUAAUCAUAGCCAACCAGCAGGUGGCGCCAUGCUUCCAUGGCGGUAUGGCUUAUUCAGCACUUAAAAACGCACAAUACAAAUACACAAAUACAAAUGUAGUGAUAUAUGUCUGUUACAAUACAUUUUUAAUAAAAUCUAGCAAUUGCCA